AUGGUGAAACUCAUGAGCGCCGCAGGGACUUUGGGGUCAGACCCACAACUCGAAAGCACCUGGUGGCCGAUCAUGGCCUACUUAUCUACAUCGCGGCUCUGCUGGUGCGGAUCCUAUCUCAGUCCAUAGUCAGCCUUGAGAUUAGCCCAAUGGCACCACACGAAGAAGCCGUUGGCCGCCGUCUACAACCUCAGAGUCCUCGCCCAAGCUUUCCAGGCAUGGCGCACCAUCAUCGCGCUGCAACACCUCGGGGGAACCGCCCCCACGGGGCUGCAGCUGAGGACGGCGAAUCUGCCCUGCUCACUCCUGAAGAACCGAUGA